AUUGAUAUCGCGGAUUUUUUUUUUUAUGUAUGCCUGGCACAACUUCAACUAGCUGUAUAUAAAUUAAAACGAUGUAUUUUGGAUUCACUCAUACAGGUCGCGUUAACAGAGAAUAACGUUGCCUGUGUUUAAAAGCAAAAUUCGAUUAGUUAUUAGAGCAAGUUCAUAUAUUAUUUAAAAAAAAAAAUGUGUGGAAUUUGGGCACUAUUUGGUAUUGACGUUCAGUCAUUGUCCAAGUAUGACAAGACGUUUGCAAAAAUCAGUCAUCGUGGACCUGAUGCAUGGAGACUCGAAUACGAUUUAAAAGUCAAAAAUGUAUGUCUUGGAUUUCAUCGAUUGGCUAUUAUUGACAGUCUGUAUGGCAUGCAACCUAUGAAACUACAUCAAUAUCCGUUUGUGUCUAUGGUUUGUAAUGGAGAAAUUUUUAACUGGAGACAGCUUGGUGAACAACAUGGUUUUCAGUACGAGACUAAAUGUGAUGUAGAAGGUGUUUUACAACUUUACGGUGCUUUUGGGAUUGAUGAGACUGUCAAGCAGUUGGAUGCCGAAUACGCGUUUUGCCUAGUUGACUCCCAAAAAAGAAAAGUAUUUGUAGCCAGAGAUCCUUAUGGAGUACGACCUUUGUUCUAUCUCAAAUCUGACACAGGUAUCUUCGGUAUAUCUUCUGAAGCUAAAGGUUUAACGGGAUUGAUAAAAGAACUAAACUUGUCGAAUUGGGAAAUGAAACCAUUUCCUCCUGGUCACUUAGCUGAGUUUGAUAUCUUGUCUGAUGGUAAAAUAAAAAUGGUAUCGUUAAAUAGAUUUUUCAAUAUCGAAAAACCACUAUUGUCUCCCGCAGUUCUCGAAGAAGGUUUAAGUGAAGAAGUUGUUCAUGCUAAUAUUCGCUAUCUUUUAACUGAAUCAGUAAAGAAAAGGAUGAUGUCUAACCGUCGUAUAGGAUGUUUGCUCUCUGGAGGUUUAGACUCUAGUUUGAUUGCAGCUAUACUCGUAAAAUUAUCAAAAGAACUAGGGCUUCCUUAUCCUAUUCAAACAUUUUCGAUUGGUAUGGAAGAUAGCCCAGAUAUUUUAGCUGCUCGUCAAGUGGCAAAACAUAUCGGAUCAGAACACCACGAAGUAAUUUUUACAGCCAAUGAUGUUUUAAAUGUAUUAAAUGAUGUUAUUCAUACACUAGAAACAGCUGAUAUAACAACAAUAAGAGCUUCAUGUGGUAUGUAUCUGGUCUCACAAUAUAUAAAACAACAUACUGACACAACAGUAUUAUGUAGUGGUGAAGGAGCGGAUGAAGUGGCUCAAGGAUACAUUUAUUUUAGAGAUGCUCCUAGUCCAGACCAAGCACAUGCCGAGAGUAUUAGAUUAUUAGGAGACAUUUACAUGUAUGAUGGACUUAGGGCUGACAGAACAACUGCCGCUCAUGGGCUGGAAUUGAGGGUUCCAUUUUUGGACAUACGUUUUACAAACUAUUAUCUCAAUUUACCCAAAACAAUGCGACAACCAUACAACCAAAUCGAAAAGUAUUUACUACGUUCUGCGUUUGAUGGUACCGAUUUAUUGCCAAGUGAAGUAUUAUGGCGACAUAAAGAAGCAUUCAGUGAUGGAGUUACAACUGCUAAAAAAUCUUUAUUCAAUAUAAUCCAAGACUGGAUAGAUCCUAAGUAUACAGAUGAAGACUUGUUAAAAGUGGCUGAAAAAUAUCCACAUUGUUCACCUAAAUCCAAAGAGUCAUUGUACUACCGAGAUGUAUUUGAGAGUCAUUACGCAGGAUUAGCGUCAAACUUCAUGCCUUACUUCUGGAUGCCAAAGUGGAUUAAAGUAAAUGAUCCGUCAGCAAGAUUUAUUAAACAUUAUGCAGCAAAAUAGUAGGAUAGAGUUUUAAAAAUUAAAUUUUAUUUGUACGAAGUUCAAUAAUUGAACGCUUCUAUUUGGUGAAUAAUUGUUUGUAAUAAUUUUUCUUACAUAUAUAUAUACCCAUACAUCUGUGUAAAUAUAUACAUUUAUAAUGGUAUGUUUAAAAAAAUAAAAUAAUACUAAAUGUGUA